AGCAAAGGGGGGAUAAAAAAAAAAAAAAGGUGUAGAAUAGAAGAAGAAGGGGGAGGCGGGGGAUAAAAAAAAGGGAAGCCGUUUCCAAAUUGUGCCAAGUCUGGGAGCGAGCAGGGAUGGUGCACCCCGGCUGGCUUUGCCUGCUGCAGGGCUCCCUCCUCCUGCUGGCCAGAGCGCGGCAGAGCCGCGGCCCCGCCGCCGCCUGCCCGAUCCGCGGAAAGCAAAGCGAGCUGAACUCCUUCCUAUGGACCAUCAAGAGAGAUCCCCCAUCUUACUUCUUUGGUACCAUUCAUGUCCCAUACACACGCGUCUGGGAUUUCAUCCCAGAGAACUCCAAGAAGGCCUUCCAGCAGAGCCACAUCGUGUACUUCGAGCUGGACCUCACUGACCCCUAUACCAUCUCAGCUCUCACCAGUUGCCAGCUCCUGCCACAGGGGGAGAACCUCCAGGACGUACUGCCCCGUGACAUCUACCGCCGGCUCAAGCGGCACCUGGAGUACGUCAAGCUCAUGAUGCCAUCCUGGAUGACCCCAGACCAGCGGGGCAAAGGGCUGUAUGCAGACUACCUCUUCAACGCCAUUGCUGGCAACUGGGAGCGGAAGAGGCCAGUGUGGGUGAUGCUGAUGGUGAACUCAUUGACAGAGGUUGACGUCAAGUCGCGAGGCGUGCCUGUCCUGGAUCUAUACCUGGCCCAGGAAGCAGAGCGGCUGAGGAAGCAAACAGGUGCUGUGGAAAAAGUGGAGGAGCAGUGCCACCCGCUCAAUGGGCUGAACUUCUCCCAGGUGGUCUUUGCUUUGAAUCAGACUCUCUUGCAGCAGGAGAGCCUCCGAGCAGGCAGUUUCCAGAUCCCCUAUACGACAGAAGACCUUAUCAAGCAUUACAACUGUGGGGACCUCAGCUCCAUCAUCUUCAACCAUGAUACUUCUCAAGUCCCAAAUUUCAUUAAUGCUACACUUCGAGCCCAUGAACGCAUUACUGCCCAAGAGAUAGACAGCUACUUCCGUCAGGAGCUCAUCUACAAGCGAAAUGAGCGAAUGGGCAGGAGGGUGAAGGACCUGCUGGAAGAGUACCCAGACAAGAGUUUCUUCUUUGCAUUUGGAGCUGGUCACUUCAUGGGCAACAACACAGUGAUUGAUGUUUUGAGGAAAGAAGGGUACGAGGUAGAACACACUCCAGCUGGACAAGCCAUCAACAACAGAAACCCCCCCAAAACCUUGUUAGCUUUUUCAUCGUCAUCACCAGCACACAGCCCCUAUGUUGCAUCCCAGGAACUCCCACUGCCAUUGCACCCCCGGAAGGAGGAGGAAGAAGAGCUCCUGCCUUACCUGUUGCUCCCUGAUGGCAUCGAUGUGCUGGAGAAGGUAGAGAGGAAGUAUAAAAAGAAGAAGAAGAAGAAGCAGCAGAAGAAGCAAAGACUGCGACAGUUUAAUGACCUCUGGGUUCGCCUUGAAGGAAGUGCUACCGACCCUCCUCCCCAGAUCCGCAUCAUUAACGGCUACAUCACAGUUGAACCCCAGCCCCAGGGCCACGGAUGGUCUAGUCAUGCUCGUGCAGAUACCGGCAGCGCUCACCAGCUUUCUCAUUCUCUCUUCCUCUCGCUACUGACUUUGACUUUGCAUAUGAUAAGGCUGCAUUGAAACACAGUGGGAGCCAAGCUGCAGGGCUCUCACCUUAAAAGGCAAAAAAGAAACUGAUGUGAAAAAAACAAAAAUAGAAGACUCUGGGUUGGACACCUGUUCUUUGCAGUGUUCUUAAACUGCCACCUUUUCCUGCAUCUGGAUCAUUAACACUAUUAACUGGUUUGACCUGCCCAAUACAGGAGAAGAUAUUUUAAUGGAAGUAUUAUUUAUCCUUCUCUUGCAGAAGAAUGAUUUCAUGUUAUCCCAUAAUGCUUUGGGGAAAUUAUAAUGUCGCUAUAACAUAGCUGUUGUUCAGCUGUAUGAGCCCAACUAAAUUACUUUUUUUUUCACCUUCAGUGCCUUGUAAGAAGAUUUACACACCACUAACUUGUUUAUUAGAACCGAAUAUUUUGGUCAUAUGAGCACAGCUGGAAAAUAGAGGUUGGUAUUUUAUGUCUCUACUGGUAAUGCUUUUCAUUCUUUUUGUUAGGGCUCCAGAUUACACAUCUAAAGCUUCAAGGCAACACCUUCUACAAUAGAAUAAAACAGUAAAGACUUGUGAACAGAAUGUUUCUGAUGUCUGUUUGGGGCUGUUAUAAAAUGGGUACACCUGAAC